AUGGAUCCAAAUAUGCCUAUGAUUCUGCCAAAGGGCAUUGUCACGAACUCGAAAAAUAUCUAUAAGGAGGUUGCUGAAUUCCCUCUUGUGCCUCCUGAAAAAGUUUGGAAAUAUUGGCAUGUGUACACUACCACAUACAAAAAGCUUAAGGAUCCGACAGCCUGUCGGCUCGAGAACUUUUGGUGGCACGUAUGGGGAAGUGAUCGCAGGUUUCUCAAAGGCAGCGCCCUAGCCAAACUUUACGAAGAGAUCUCUGUUGGGCCAACUUUUGUCCCCCUCAAGGGACCACCAAACCGAUGGGAAGGACCCGAUAUACCCCCCCUAAUCAAACAAAUUCUGGAAGCUGCUGCAUCACAGGCGACCCCACCUCCACCACAACCUCAAGGGUCCCGCCCAUCAAAACCUACCGACUCGGCAUUGAGAACGCUAUCUUCGAGUGCCUCAAAACCGCCACCAGCUCACCCGAUCUUGAAGAAAGCCCGAGGGCCGUCAACAUCAGGGCCGCGGCCCACGGCUCGCUUUGUGUCACCCCAUGAAUCCGCAGAUGAAGAUGAGAUUCCAUCGUCAGGAAGCACAGCUGCAACAGCAUCUGAGGCACCCGUUUAUGUAGCGGCUUCGCCGAAGAAGAAAACAACGGCUGUACCAUCUCCACAGAAGCUUACUCCUUCACCCACUGCUAAUAGGAAAAUGACACCAUCGAAAACGACUCCAGUUGCAGAACCCUUAAUUCGAGAAGCUGGGUUUGGAACAUCUGGCGGGUCACGAAAUGCCGCUCUGGAGCGGCUUGUACCUCCCAAUACCCGCACAAGUGUGGAACACGACCUACCAACGAGCAGCCAAAGCAAUGGUACGGUUAAGGAGCGUCCUGUGAUGAGCGCAAAAGCACGUGGGAAACAACCAGCUGCACCUGUUCGGCCGGUAUCAUACAGGAACGAAGUAGCAAGUGAUGUGAUAGAGGAGGAAAAACGGCCGUCGCCCUCGAAAGAUCGACCCAGUAGCAUUCAUCGCGAAAAAGGAGUGCUUCCUCAAGCUCGGUCUCUCAUCAACCUUUCAAAUCAUGGAUCGCGGAGAGGGUCUACGACCUCGUCAAGAUCGACAUUCGGAGUCGGAUCCCUGGAGAGUAAUCAGAGCCAAGAUCCGCCUUAUAUGGCUCGAUCCCAGUCUCAUGGAGGACACGACCGAGCAAAGUCGCAAAGUAACAUCAGAGCGCCAGGGCUCUUCACGGAGGCCACCUCGUCAACAUCCAAUGUUGCUGUCGCAGGCACAAUUCUCGAUCAGUCUGGUUUUGGAUCCACAUCGGACUUGAGCAGCAUCGAUCACACACGACCCGAGCACCAUACCAUUCCGGCUGUACCACCCCAGCCCUCUGUUCUCGAUGCUCGCUUCACUCCGACUCCGCCGACUACAUCUGCCAGUGUACCUUUAGGGCGCACAAAAAGUCAGCUAACGCUUCUACUUGAACGUGAAAAGGCACGUGGCAGUGACAAAUCGCGAUCAAAAAACUAG